AUGAACGUCCAUUGAACGCCACCUCAGCUACCCUCGCACAUCAUGGACAUCCUCCGCCAAAUCGUCGCCUCCCCACGAGCAAGACACCCAGAAGCUGGCCUCGAUCUAUGUUAUGUGACCGACAAGAUCGUAGCUACGUCCGGACCUAGUGGUACAUAUCCACAAGUCGCAUAUCGCAAUCGUCUAUCAGACCUCGUCAAGUUCCUCGACUCCAAGCACAAUGAAGAAUGGGCAAUAUGGGAGUUCCGAGCCGAAGGGACGGGCUACCCUGACGACGAGGUCUACAAUCGCGUUCGACAUUACCCAUGGCCCGACCAUCAUCCUCCACCGUUCGCAUUGGUCCCGUUGAUCAUGGCUAGUAUGCGGGACUGGCUGCACGCGAAAGAGGGUCGAGUGGCGGUGGUACAUUGCAAAGCGGGCAAGGGCAGAAGUGGAACUGUAACUUGCAGCUAUUUGAUCAGCGAGGAAGGAUGGACCGCUGAAGAUGCUAUGAAACGCUUUACAGAGAGGAGAAUGAGGCCCGGAUUCGGAAAUGGAAUCUCGAUCCCAAGCCAGCUGAGAUGGGUGAGCUACGUGGACCGCUGGGCAAAAGGUGGCAAGUUAUACGUCGACAGACCUGUGGAAGUUACAGAACUACAUGUAUGGGGUUUGCGAGAUGGGGUAAAAAUUGCUGUUGAGGGAUUCGUGGAUGAAGGAAAGGUGAUCAAAUCGUUUCAUACAUUCACGAAAGAGGAAAGACAAAUCGUGCGUGGGAACAUCCGACAAGGCAGCGGCUUCGCGGACGUGGCGAUGGAGAUGAUGGGAAAGAAGAAGACAGACGAAAGUGACGCUGGCGAGCAGAUCAAAGAGGCUGGCAAGAUACAGAAGAGCCAGACAAGUUCUUCGGAAAUGCUGG